AUGAAUGACACCAGCGGCGCUCCCUUAGCAAUUGAUUUUGAUCUUUAUCCUGCUCUUAUUCAAUGUUUCUUUAUUAUUGGUGUCGGUUAUGUUGCUGGUCAAUUAAAGUUAUUAACAAAUACACAU